UGUCUAAUGAAAACGUAGGAGCAACAAUAGAGAGGGGAGAGAGGGAUCUGUAGCCUAUCCGCUGACAAUCUCUGGAGGAAGUUAGUGUCUCAGGCUGCGGCGAGUAGCAACCUCGGCUCCUCCUGGACAGUUUUUAACUUUGUGUCGGGGAGGAUUGAUUGCUCCUCUCGGCUCCUGUCCCCUUUUUUUUGGAUUUAAAGUCGACUGUGAUCAUCAUUUCAGCAGAACCCUUGAACAGUUUCUAUCAUUGUGAUCAGAGAUUUUUUUUCCCUGCAUGAUAAUCUCGUCAGUUGACUUCACCUGUUGCUCAGAGAUGUUGAGAACCGCUGAGCAGAUGUGAUCGGCUGAACGUUAGAUUCAGAUCAGAUCACAACAGAACAACGCGUGUUUUCUUGUUUCUAGUAAGUCUUAAGUAAAAAAUCAGUGAGGACCACGCAUGGAUCUCAGACCGGAGCUCCCCACAGUCUCCUCUGCCUCUCAAGUCCACCCAGGAGCGGCUGUAGCGGCCGCUGCAGCCUCCAUCCCGGUGUCCAUGUCCGGCAACCUGCUGCGCGGCCCUCCGCUGCUCUUGCGCGCCUCGGACAAGUACCCGCGUACCCCGAAGUGUGCCCGCUGCAGGAACCACGGCGUGGUUUCCGCGCUGAAGGGCCACAAACGCUACUGUCGCUGGAAGGACUGCAUGUGCGCCAAGUGCACCUUGAUCGCAGAGAGGCAGCGUGUCAUGGCGGCGCAAGUGGCGCUGAGGCGGCAGCAGGCGCAGGAGGAGAACGAAGCCCGAGAGCUGCAGCUGCUCUACGGCACGGCGGAGGGACUCGCCCUGGCCGCCGCCAAUGGCAUCAUACCACCGCGUCCUAACUACGAGGUGUUCAGCUCUGUCAACAGCGAGAGCAAUUCAGAUUCAAGUAUCCAGAAGUAUGAGCUGUUUCCAAAGAGCCAACUGUCCGGAUCCGCCACCUCUCAGCAGACUGUGGGGAAACCGGCGUCCACCGAAAGUGAAUCGGCCCCGGGCAUCUCAUCCCCAGACGGUCGACACGGAGGUUCGGGUUCAGAGAACGGAGAUAGCGAGUCUUUCGUCAGCUCGCCGGUGUCCAAGCCUUUAAAAGACGGCGAAGAGACUCCUGGGUCCGUCAGCUCCCUCGGCUCAGAUUCCGGCUCUGAGACCGACAAAGAUGAACCGGAGCCCUCCCCUUCCUCUGCGGCCUCCAGGCACAUGAACGCCAUCGACAUCCUGACCCGAGUGUUCCCCAGCCACAAGCGGAGCGUCCUGGAGCUCGUCCUGCAGGGCUGCGGUAAGGACGUGGUGCAGGCCAUCGAGCAGAUCCUCAACAACAGCGGCGCUCAGGGCUCCAACAAGGCCGGAUCAGAGGAGACGUGGACGGCCGAGAGGAUGCUGCAAAACGCGCAGCAGCCUCCGUCGUCCUCCGCAUCUACAACCGCCCAGACGAGGCCCAUGUUACCCGGAGCCAUGACGCUGAGUAACCGCUCUGCGUUUUCACCUCUCCAGCCCAACGCCCCGCACUUCGGCGCAGACCCCAGCACCUAUCCUCUCGGUACCCACCUGGGACUGAACCCGCUGCGGCUGGCCUACUCCGCGCACAGCCGGGGACUGGCUUUCAUGACGCCCUACUCCACCACUGGGUUGAUGCCCACCCUGGGCUUCAGACCCCCGAUGGACUAUGCCUUUAGCGACCUGAUAAGGGACAGGACAAUGUUACACAAGGAGCAAGGCUACGCCAGCGGCCUGUACGGUCCUUUGGUCAACAACACGCCGGACAAACAGUGAGGCUGGUGGACUGACCAUUAGAGACACACUCCAUUGUAUUUGUAGCCACAAGUGUUGAAUGUUCUGGCAAAAAUCUGUGAUGUGUUUUGGCUACAGGCGACUGUACAUAAUAGGAUUAUCUGGCUUGUAGUCAAAUGGUCUGAGAGGGAAAAAACUAAACUCACUUAUGUGUAAUUUUCAAAAAUGAUUUUACAUGUUAGACUACAAAAGUUUGGGUGACAUUUCCCAUGUAUGAACCUGAUUAUGCCAUCAAUAAAAUAACUGAAAAGAUAUUUAUAGAUUCCAAAUUAUGAUCAAGCUGAAAGUAAAAAGUGAACGCAGUUAAUGCACAAAAAGGCUGAAACUACACACAGAUGCUUUUAUUGCUGAUUUUCAUGUCAAUUCUGCAGGAUUUAUAAUUUUAAAAAAGUACCGAAGAGGUUUUUUUUUAUUAUCAGAGUUAUGAGUAUUUAAAGCCCAUCAAAUUUUUACAGCUGGUUGGUAAAACUAAGUUAACAUAUAAUUUUCAAAAUCACACUUCAAAUAUGCAUUUGUUGGAAUAUUAAACGGGGCAAAAUUAAGUUAUUAUAACAUGUAUCUUUCAGAUGUUAACCCUUUUAAAGAUUUUCCUGUUGUAAAAGUUAAACUAAUGAUGUGUGUCAUCCCUCUUUUUCUUAUGUAUUAUUUCACUUAUCUCACUGUUUUUUAGUUCUUUUCCAACUGCCUGUAUUAUAUAUUGCAUUUAGUACUAUGAAAUGCUAUGCUAUAUUUGACUCUUCAUUUAUCCUUUAGUCAGCUCAAAUAUUUUGUGACAAAGUGCUAAAUCAAGUCAAUUCCUCUUCAGAUGUUACAAGCUGUGCUGUCACAUUGUAUGAAUA